GAAAGUACGAAGAAGCCGAAGCCAUACACCGGCGGACGUUACAAGACCGAGAGAAGGUGCUAGGGCCAGAACAUCCAGACACGCUCACCAGCGUCAGCAACCUUGGUUCAGUCCUUGAAAGCCAGGGAAAGUACGAAGAGGCCGAAGCUAUGCACCGGCGGGGGUUAGAAGGGUUCGAGAAGGUGCUGGGGCCAGAACAUUCACACACGCUCACCAGCGUCAGCAACCUUGGUUCAGUCCUUGAAAGCCAGGGCAAGUAUGAAGAGGCCGAAGCUCUACACCGGCGGGAGUUAGAAGGGUUAGAGAAGGUGCUAGGGCCAGAACAUCUAGACACGCUCACCAGCGUUAGAAACCUUGGUUCAGUCCUUAAUAGCCAGGGCAAGUACGAAGAGGCCGAAGCUAUGCACCGGCGGGUGUUAGAAGGGUUCGAGAAGGUGCUAGGCCUAGAACAUCCAGACACGCUCACCAGCGUCAGCAACCUUGGUUCAGUCCUUGAAAGCCAGGGCAAGUACGAAGAGGCCGAAGCUAUGCACCCGCGGGAGUUAGAAGGGUUCGAGAAGGUGCUGGGGCCAGAAAAUCCAGACACGCUCACCCGCGUCAGCAACCUUGGUUCAGUCCUUGAAAGCCAGGGCAAGUACAAAAAGGCCGAAGCCAUACAUAGGCUUCCGCAAAGCCCAACUUUGGGCCCGGGGUCCGGGCGGGGGUCGAACCUUUAUGCCCAAACCCCAACCCCCGGCCCAUGGUCAGGCCCCAUUGAGCCCCCACGAAAGCCCACUAUUGCAUUAAAUGUCAGUCCUGGCGUUCAUAAAGCCGAUGGAUCAUCAAAAUAA